AUGUUAUUUUCGAAUAGCAGCUCUAUCUUACUCAUAUUCAUACUCACAACAGUUCUAUCGACACAAGGAGCUUAUAUAAAUAAACCAGCAACAAACAAAUUACGAGAUGCCAAUAAUUCAACUUCGGAAAAGGGUGUAACGUACAACGACAACGAUCUAGCAUGUCCCACAAUAGGAACCAAUUCUUUCAUUCUAGUGACAAUCUCAGAGGAUUUAGAAUCAACUGCCUUCUAUGAGCUUCUUCUUUUUUACUCCAAAUUGAUGCCGAUCAAUGAAACCAUAACCUACACAUUCUAUUUUGGAAAUACAACUACGUUAACGAUUGAAACGAAAAAUUUACAAGAAGAAGUUGAUGAUUGGAAAACGGAUACUCCAUACUUUCUCAAGCUCUUUCUAGCUUCUCGCAUCAACUGUGAGAAUAAUAUUAACAAUUGUACAGAUUUCACUCAAAUCAUGAGGAAUAUUUAUCAUUUGGUGGACAACCAAAAUCAGCAACCAUUGACGGCCAUCAAAAAAAAACAAAUUGUCAUAUUAACUAACUAUGUUCCGUUAUCAGCCAUCAACUUCAUGAAUACUUAUAAUGCUACAGAUGUUCAAUUAGCGGGUUUGACAUAUAGCUUGGAUGUUGAGAGUUUUCAAAACGUAUCCAAUUUUCCCGUUUUUGGAGCUUAUGAUGGUGAUGGUGAGAUUUGGCCACUGCGACGAUUCUUUCAAGGAGAAUUACAAUUCCAGUUCCCGUUGGUUCGACAGGAUAAAGUGAUUUCAUUGAACUUCAUCUAUUUGUCAUCAUUACAAAGUGAAAAGGAUGUUUUGCUAGAGCUUGUGUCCUCAAUCAUAUAUGGAUCGAUGUGUUCUCUAUCGGAUAACAAAAUGUAUCAGGAAUAUAUCUAUUUGUCUUUCCCUUACAACGAUACCAUGCAUACGAUGACGUUACCCUGGGUAGGAGAUGAAUCACAUAAGUUUCUGAGUAACUGUAUCAAACACCUACCUCAUGAAGUUCACUCAAACUCAUCCUGUCUACCAGCUGCUGAUCAAAUUUAUCAAGCUUUCGUAGCUGAAGCGACAUUACCAAGACCAGGAAAUAGAAGUUUCGUUUCCCUGAUAUCGAAUGAGCCAUCCUGUGCUGCCAGUCAUAUUAUAGGAAUCGGAGCCCAAGUUCCAAGCACGACGUAUGCACGGAUUAUUUUAGCUGGAGAUUUGGAAGAUAGUUAUUCAAGUAUCAUCAAACCGUUGACGGAUGAUGGCUACAUGUCUGACACAGUUGAUAAUCAAAUUAUCAGUCAAACAUCUUUUUAUUUAACUAAUUAUACAACAACGUGUACAACUAGGAUUCCUUUAGUUCCUUUAAUAUCAUCUCAUCCGUAUCACAGACCUAAGUAUCUGAGAUUUGCUUUGGACGAUAUGCUUUGGAUAACAAUCUGCUCGACCAUUAGUGUCACUACAUUUGGAGUCAUAUUAUAUAUGAAUGUUAAAAGAUCACAAAAGAAACAAAUGGCUUUAUUAACGGAAAUCAUGAUGAGCCCACGGUUGUAUAAAAUGGCCAUUGAUGAUAGUAAAACAGUACGACUACCUUGGGAAAUCAAAGCUGACCGUGUAUAUAUUGAUAAAGAGUUUAUGUUAGGAGAAGGAACAGUUUCUAACGUUUACUUAGGAAAACUGAAAGGAAAAGCUCCUAUUAUGCAGUGGUUAGAUAAUCGGGUGGAGUUACGACAGUAUCAGGAUUGUGCAGUCGCUGUCCGGGUUCCGUUCCACUUUGAUGAGCCUGAAGAAGAUCAAUUGUAUCGGGAGAUCAACUCCAUGAAACGUCUGAGAAGCCAUGACCAUAUCGCUUUACUUCUUGGCUGGACUAACAAGAAUGAUCUGAUAUGUUCUGUCUUGGAAUUGACACAUAUGAACUUGAUCAAAUAUUUAGGCCAGAUAUUAGAAACGAUGGGUCCGCAAUCAGAAGAGAAAUACAUGCCAUAUCAAGUCAUUUACAAAAUUAUAAUUGAAGUGGCCGAUGGAAUGGCGUUCAUUCAAUCAAGAAACUUGGUUCAUCGUGAUUUGACAGCUCGAAACGUUUUAUUAACUACCGGACUUCGAGCAAAAAUUUCCGGAUUCGGUUUCUGUUCUGAACCCGAUGAUCCCAAGUUUGCUCAAAAUGCCAUAGCUUUCCGUUUCUUACCAGUGAGAUGGAUGGCUCCAGAAUGCUUCAAAGGCAAAUUCGUUCUCAAGAGCGAUGUAUGGUCGUUUGCUGUUCUUCUGUAUGAGAUAUUCAGUUUGGGAAAUGUACCGUACCCUGAUGUCGGUAACCCUGAAGAUAUCAUCAAAUCUGUUACUCAUGGUACAAUUCCACUGUGUCCCAAGUUUGCCAACAGACAAAUAUAUAAAAUAAUGCAAAGCUGCUUCAAAAUGUUUUCUGAUCGGAGGCCAAACUUCAGUCAACUGAAAGAACUAAUUUCCUUAGAAGCUGAAAGUUUUUAUGAUAAUCAAGCUUUUGAACCGGAAUAA